CACAAAAUUAUAUCAUGAUUUCAAGAUCACUCCAGACAUAGAAGGCCAUCGAGACGUCUCUCUUCACAUAACAUCGAACAGCGCUUCGACCUGUCACUUCAGUUUGAAGACGUCUGGGGCUUGUACCAUGAAGCCGGUUUAGCUGGCUAGCCAGGAUGUGGAUUCCUAUGCUGAGUUUGACUGCCCUUCCACACGUUGGUGCGAUACUUGGAGGUUUCUUCACACGGAAGGAAGUGAAGACCUGGUACUCCACGCUCAACAAACCCUCAUGGACGCCACCUAACGCUGCCUUCCCAAUAGUGUGGACCACUCUCUACACUGGCAUGGGCUACGGUUCAUACCUUGUGUGGAAAGAGCUUGGAGGCUUCACCCAGGAUUCACUGGUACCACUGGGGCUCUAUGGGACGCAGUUGGUGCUUAAUUGGGCCUGGACCCAGAUCUUCUUUGGCGCUCACAACAUUAAACUGGCAAUGAUAGAGAUAGUGAUGCUGACUGGCACAGUGGCAGCCACAAUGGUGUCUUGGUAUCCCAUCAGCCGCACUGCAACACUUCUCAUGGUACCAUACUUGGCCUGGCUUUGCCUCGCUACAAGCCUCAACUACUGCAUUUGGAGAGAUAAUCCAGAUCCCAAAAAAGAUGACUAAAGUCCAAGAAAACAAACACUAUUCUAACUAACACUGACUAGAACAAAAAUGCAACCAUGUUUUUUUUUAAUUUUUCUUUUUUGCCAUUUUGAAGUUUAAUAAUGAAGAAUUUAGUUUAUUUUUUAUCUUCACUUAAAAUUUUGUAAUAUCAGACAAAUUCACAAUGUGUCUUAAUUAUAAAAGAAGGAAAGGCAAUAAAAUGAGAACAUUCUAAUGCUUCUAUUAUAUAAAUCCAGUCCAUCAGUUCACUUAAGUUCAGCAUUUUACACAGAUCACUCUACAGGCUCUUCAAACUCAAAAUGUCUCUGAUUGUUAACAGAAAAAUGUUCUGCUUGCUUCCUUGCCUAUUUUUUAUUAAUAAUGUACAUGUAUUUUAUUUCAAACACCAAGCUCUGGUCUUAAACCUUUGUGGCUGUGCAAGGGUGGUGGUUUGGCAAAGUAUUUAUCAUCUAGAUAUAUUUUGUGAACAUAGUGUAUGUCAUAGUACAGACCGUAUUAUCAAUAUUAUUAUUUCUCUCUCUCACCACCAGAGGUCACUAUCUCCCGGAUUCAAUUCCCCAAACUCCACUCACCUCAUUAUUGAGUCAUUUGCCCCAGCUGUUUUCCUGAUUGCUUUCCCUAUUUAGGCUUCCUGUGUUUUCUGUUCAGGGCUCAUUUGUCUCACUUUUGUGCCAGGUAAUGCCUGUGAUUUCUGUCUGCCCUGUGCCCCAACAACAAGCUAAUUAAUAGUACUGGACAUGUUUCUCUGUCUCACUAAUGGAUUUCAAGGUCAAGGUAACCUUAGCCUAUACCAUUCAAGUAUUAUAUCCAGUUGUCUUUCACAAUAUAUCAAAUAUUUUCCGUGGUAAUAAAUUAUAAAAUAAGA